AUGCUUUCCAUAACAAACGAUUCAUUGAGGCUUCUUGGGCAUGCCUUCUAUCCAUCUCCUCUACAAUUCAAGAAAAAUAACGCAAACAACUUAUCCACAGUUGUGACCUUUAGCACUAACUUUGUUCUUUCCAUCAUUUCCAAGUACCCUGAUCUUGGAGGACAUGGUCUUGCUUUCAUUCUCACUUCCACCAAAGAAGCAAAGGAUUGUCGUGCAAACCAAUAUUUGGGUCUUCCAAAUGUUACAGGCAAGACGGAAUCUUCUUCUUGGAUUUUAGCCGUGGAGUUUGACAUUGUCCAAAAUCCUGAUUUCCAAGAUAUCAAUGAUAACCAUGUUAGAAUUGAUAUAUCAAGCCUAAUCUCAAACAUGUCUGAGCCAGCAGCAUACUACAACUCCACAAGAAAAGAGGAUUACUACAACAAUUCCAUCAUACUCUAG